AAUGAAUGGUCCCUGUCACGUGACAAUUGAUGUUAUUCAGCUCGGCCAUCUUGGAUUAUUGGAAGACUCAUCCACCCCUUUCCUCGGUAUCAGAGGAGCGUCUUGUACGCUUUUAGGGGUCAGAACUGGCCCGUAAUUGUUCUACUCCAACUGACAUAACACAAACGAUUCUCAAAAUGUCUGGACAAAGCAUCAUGGACCGCAUGACAGCGGCCAGACAUAGCAUAGCCGGGCAGGGGCUGGCCAAGGUGGUUUGUAAGGCUACCACGGAGGAGGUUAUGGGCCCCAAAAAGAAGCAUCUUGACUAUUUAUUACAAUGCACAAAUGAACCGAAUGUGUCAAUACCCCAGCUAGCAGAUUUAUUGAUAGAGAGAACACAGCAUCAGAACUGGGUAGUAGUCUUCAAAUCUCUCAUCACAAUUCACAAUCUCAUGAACUAUGGCAAUGAGAGGUUUACACAGUACCUGGCCUCAAACAACUGUACAUUCAAUCUGGGCGGAUUCAUUGACAAAGGAGGAGUACAAGGCUAUGAUAUGUCCACGUUUAUCAGACGCUACUCCAAAUACCUGAAUGAGAAAGCAUACUCUUACAGACAGAUGGCAUUUGAUUUUUGCAAAGUCCGAAGAGGGAAGGAUGAUGGCUUGUUACGAACCAUGAAUACAGAAAAACUUUUAAAAACAUUACCAUGCUUACAGAAACAAUUAGACGGGUUGUUGGAAUUUGAUUGUUCACAGAAUGAAUUAACAAAUGGAGUAAUUAAUGCUACUUUUCUGCUGCUGUUUAAAGACCUCAUUCGACUAUUUGCCUGUUACAAUGAUGGAGUCAUCAACCUUUUAGAAAAAUAUUUUGAUAUGAAUAAAAAGCAGUGUAAGGAUGCAUUAGAUGGCUACAAGAAAUUCCUCGUCAGAAUGGACAAAGUGUCUGAAUUCCUCAAAGUAGCAGAAAAUGUCGGUAUUGACAAGGGUGAUAUUCCAGACCUGGCCAAGAGUCACAAAUGCCAAUCAACUUCCAAACGUUGUUCCAAAGCGAGGCAGACGUUGGCUCCAUCCAGUCUCCUAGAUGCUCUAGAACAACACUUGCAGUCCCUAGAGGGCAAAAAAGGGGCAACAACUCCAGUCGGUUCCAAACCAGCAGGAUUUGCCUCAGCUAUAAACACCAUUUCCAACAACAGCACCAUACAGAUUUCUGAGGAAGACAAGAAACGGAUAUUAGACGAAGAAAAUAUGAAGUUACAACAGCUCAAGGAUCAAUGUGGCGCCAAUCAACAUGAUUUUGCUAACCAGGAGCAGAGAUUAAAAGAGAUGGGAGGCAGUCCAGUGGCAACUCAAGCCAACACAAACCAAUCAAAUCCCUUCGCCUCACCAAACACCACAGGGUCACCUGCAUCUAGUGGGGUCAACUUGUUUGGUUCUCCAACAAAAACAGCACCAGGUGGCACUGCGCCUAGUGACGACCUUUUGAACCUUUCAGGGAAUCCAUUUAUAGAAAAUGUACAAAGUGUGAUGCAAAUGAACAAUGUCAUGAAUAACAUGCAGCCAACAUCACAACAGCAAUUUGCAACCCCAGCAUGGAACUCGUCGGGGAUGAACAACACACCAGCGUCCAGUUCUGGGUUUACAUCAGAAGCAGAUUUUGAUAAGGUGUUUCACAACGCCAACACCACAACCACUGCCCUAACUGUCCCGCCUGAGGAGGAACCGCUUGAUCCCCUGGACUCGCUGGCCCUAGGGGGCACCACCAGUAGUUGUGGGGGAGACCUGUCCAGUCUCACUGGUACAGGCGGGGCUAUGGGGGGUAUGCCAAUGCCGAUUCAGGGGGUCCAAGUUCUGGGCACCAGUCCCCAAGCGUUCCCUGAGAUGACAAUGCCAGCUAGUCCAGCUCUCCAACACAGGAGUCUCACUCCAAGUUUUAUGGAGCAAGCUGUGGGUAGGAGCAGCCCCGCCCCUUCCUCCACCUCUGACCAGGGAUCAGGGUUUGAUGCAUUUGGUGAAGUACUACAGCCCAAAUCACAGAACCAGACAGAGGAAAAGAAACAGGAUAAGUUGAUACAGCCUGACCUUAACACGAGUCUGGUCCAGCUGGCUGGUAACCUCCACAUCAAUGGACCAGCACAGCAGGUCAAAAAACAACAACAUGAGUGGCAGCCAAAGGGUGAACAGAAGAAGACAGGUGGGGCCAACUGGCAGACCCAGCCAGGCAUGGCCCCCGCAACCACCACCACAUGGAAUCAAGGCUUUGCACCUAAUAACCCCAUGGCUCAGCCAGCUAUGGGCUACAACAUGGGUGCCCCAACAACACAACCAAUGAUGCAACCUGUCGGAAUGAUGGGACAGCCUCGCCCAAUGGGGAUGCCAAUGGGCCAACCAAUGGGAAUGCAGCCAGCCAUGGGUAUGCAGCCAAAUAUGGGCAUGCAGUCAAACAUGUAUGCUGGAGGAAUGCAACCAAUGGGAGGAAUGAUGCAACAGCCACGUCCCCCAACUGGGCAACAACAAAAUGACCCCUUUGGUGCAUUAUGAGAUUAGUUAUCCGUGAGAAGUGGUACACUUCUUACAAGUUAGGGAGGAAGAGGCUGUGGAAUAUCAUUGGAAGUAAUCAGUGAAAUUUGACGUGGAUGUGUACAUAGUAAAACUGAAAGGGAUCAAGUUUGUCGUGAAGGUUUCACAAACCUUCAAUAUCUGUACAUAGUAGUAAUGUAUGCCUGUUAUUACCAAGAAAGCAUACACAAGGACAAUAGACUGACAUUCUGAUGCUCACCUGUAUAACCAUUGUAGCUGCUACAGCACCUUGUAUCCGUGUCCAAGUCGGGACUCGUAACAAGUCAUGGCAUCACUUCUUACGUCCGGCGAUGGACUCGCCGCGACUCUUCUGUGUCAUUGUUUUUAUAGGCAAAAUCAAAUUAUAUAUGUAAUUAUUGUAAUGUGUAUAUGUGUAAUAUAGAAGGGCUAGGUUUUAUUGUGAACAUCUGUGAUUGGCUUACCUGGAUUUUAGUUUACAAGUCACCCCCCCAUCAUGCAGGCAUCAUCGACAGGAGAGUGAUGUAACAUGACGUCAUUAAUAGUGCAUGAUAUUGUCUGCUGUAACGGACAGUUAACAAAAUCUGUAUGUGAGAGAGAGUGCUAAUCACCCAGCCAGAACUAGUCAUGGUGCGAGGCAACUUUAUAAAUGUGUAGCGUGCAAUUCUGUGUUACAGGGAAAUAUUUCCUGUCCCCCUUGUGGUACCAAUGUACAAUGAUGAACUCACUUCAGCUUCUAGCCUCACUACACAUCACCCAGUUUAACAUCACGAAAGUUUGAAAGUCAAAAAGAGUGGAUUUUAAAAAUAAAAUUAAUGAACUUCAAGGUAUAAACAUUGUGUCUAUUACAUGAAUUCAGUUUUAUUUCUGUCUUGUGUACACUGAAAAUGAAUCCGAGCAAUUGAGAUUUCUGAUUCUUUAUAAAAAAUAUUAAUCGGUAAAAAAAGAUGCAAAUUUUAUUGACCAUACUAUGCUGCAGGAAAUAUACUGAAUGAAAAGAUCCUUCAAUAUUUUUUUGAAUUUUCCACCCAUGAUUGUGUAUUUAAAAUGUACAUUAGGGAUAGUUGGUAAUACACACCCUGGUGGUGUACAAGUGCCCACCUUACAGCGGUGCCAUGGGGGCUGUGUACAUUAGGAUGGACAGUGUGGUACAACCUGGUGGUAUAGAGUUGGCUGUUUAAUAUACAGUGUCCCCAUGGGGGCUGUGUACUGGCUGUGUACAGUAGGGAUGGACAGUUGGGUACACCUUGGUGGUAUAGACGUGGCUGUUUAAUAUACAGUGUCCCCACGUGGGCUGUGUACUGGCUGUGUACAGAAGGGAUGGACAGUGGGGUACACCCUUGUGGUAUAGACUUGGCUGUUUAAUAUACAGUGUCCCCAUGUGGGCUGCGUACUGGCUGUGUACAGAAGGGAUGGACAGUGGGGUACACCCUGGUGGUAUAGACGUGGCUGUUUAAUAAACAGUGUCCUCAUGGGGGCUGUGUACUGGCUGUGUACAGUAGGGAUGGACAGUGGGGUACACCCUGGUGGUAUAGACUUGGCUGUUUAAUAUACAGUGCCCCCAUGUGGGCUGUGUACUGGCUGUGUACAGUAUGGAUGGACAGUGGGGUAAACCCUGGUGGUAUAGACGUGGCUGUUUAAUAUACAGUGUCCCCAUAGGGGCUGUGUACUGGCUGUGUACAGUAGGGAUGGACAGUUGGGUACAACCUGGUGGUAUAGAGAUGGCUGUUUAAUAUACAGUGUCCCCAUGGGGGCUGUGUGCUGGCUGUGUACAGUAGGGAUGGACAGUGGGGUACGCCCUGGUGGUAUAGACGUGGCUGUUUAAUAUACAGUGUCCCCAUGGGGGCUGUGUGCUGGCUGUGUACAGUAGGGAUGGACAGUGGGGUACGCCCUGGUGGUAUAGACGUGGCUGUUUAAUAUACAGUGUCCCCAUGGGGGCUGUGUACAGUACAGUGUUCCAACGAGGACUGUGUACUGUACAAAAGGAAUGGAUGGUGUGUUGAUUUGUUCUUUGGCCCCACAGGGGCUGUGUACUCCUUUAGUACAUUAGGGAUUGACGUUGGAUAACACCCUGGUGGUGUAUAGAGAACUUUGUGCUGAACAGUGUCCCCACAGGAGCUGUGUACUGUACAGUGUCCUCACAGGAGCUGUGUACUGUACAGUAUUCUCACAUAGGUCUGUGUACUGAACAUUGUCCCCAACUCCUACGCUGUGUAUGGUACAGUGUCCCCACAUGAGCUGUGUACUCACCAUGUUCAGUAGGGAUGGUAGUGAGUGUAAGUGAUGGAACUAUUAUGUGAUACUUAUAAUAUAUAUAUAAAUAUAAGAGGUGUAUGCGAGAAUUGUAAUCACAUAUAUAUAUGGGUUGUGUUUAUUUUGUACAUAAAUCAUGCAGAUUAUUAAGAUAUUUAACCAUUUCCAUCUUUAUUUGUGUGUACUUGUGAUGUUCCUAUCUUUCAGUAAACUCUGUCUGUUUUUUGUUUUUUUAGUUUCCCCACCAUGCUUUGUGCUUGUAAAGUUGUUUAGACACAAAAGGUUGAAAACUUCUAGAUGACCUGUUAUCAUAAUAUCGGUCGCUCUCCCAUUUCGGAGGUUUUUCCAUCAAAGUUUUUCUUACAAUAAAUCUUGAUACGGGACUUCAGCUGACUCCUGUGUAGUGACAGCCACAGUUUUGGAUUGUUCUAGUGUUCACUCUCAUAUAACUUGUGUCAAAAUACAUUCCUUACCUAACAUAUUUCAACUUCAUACCCAAUUUGUUUUUGUAUGAAAGCACAAAAUGUAUAAGAAAGCAUUGAAAUUGAUAAUACUAGUUAUGUAAUUGGAUGCAAAUUUUGGUUUGAUAUGAAGUUUUGUCAUGAAGUUUUGUCAUUGAUACAACGUAUGUACCCAGUGUUUUGUCUAAAAUACAUUAUUUGUACAAUUCAUUGUAUAUCAUUGUAUAGUCUUCAGACAAUAUCAAUUUGAUACAAUAUCAGAUCCAUUUUACGUAAUGUAAAGCAUAGGUAUAAAAUAUGUGUUUUUGUGCUAGUGUCCUCAGUGUUAUUACAGUAAGUUAUUCUGUGUUGAUAUUUGACACCUACGAAUGUUGUUGCAGGUAAUUCAUACCUGGUGUAAUGCACCUACAAAUUAAUUAUGUCAUUUUGGUGUGUUACGCCUGAAAAUGAAGCAAAGCAUAAAUUAUUCUGUUUUAGUGAUUAAACGCCAGAAAAUCAUGAUGCAGAAAAAAUAUUCUGUUUUAGUAACACCUGAGACUUGUAUGUUUACAGGUGAGACGUACACACCUGAGACUUGUAUGUUUACAGGUGAGAUGUACACACCUGAGACUUGUAUACAACAAGUUUACAGGUGAGACGUACACAUCUGAGACUUGUAUGUUUACAGGUGAGAUGAUUGUAGUAGACCGUGAUAGGGUAGUUAUUAUGUUAUUACGACAUCAGAGAGCUUUUGAAAUGUUGUCUGGUUUCCUGCUCUACAAGCGAGUGAUAAUAAAUCAUAUUUUUAAUGAAA